GAUCAGACCCACAGACUCUCCUCCGCCUUGGAUCUCGCUGGAGCACAUACACUGCAAGCUACCUCCCUCUCUCAAGAGAUCCGGAUAUCUGCGCUCACUCAGGGGGGUUGGGGGGGGUGCUUGACUGGGAUACGGACGGAACCUGAAUCACGAUGGAGUGGCUGAUGCAUCCGCUGAAAAGUUUGGUGUCGGUGAAAGUCCGGGGAUACGUGAGGGACUACUGCAAGAGGAACGGCCUGCUGACACUCUCAGUCAUCGCUGUAGUCACCGGCUGUGUGAUGGGAUUCAUACUCCGGUCAUUUAACCUCUCCACACAGGCCAAGAUCUACUUCUCGUUCCCUGGAGAGCUGCUCAUGAGGAUGUUAAAGAUGCUGAUUCUGCCGCUCAUCACCUCCAGUCUCAUGUCUGGCCUGUCAGCCAUGGACACGAAGGCCAGCGGCCGUCUGGGGGUCCUGACCAUCACCUACUAUCUGUGGACGACCUUCAUCGCUGUCAUCGUCGGCAUUGUGCUGGUGCUCAUCAUCCACCCGGGCACGGGCUCCGAGAAAGACGGUCACCAUGCGAGCUCGGGGCCCGUCAUGACCUCCGCUGACGCUCUGCUCGACCUCAUCAGGAACAUGAUCCCGUCAAAUCUAAUUGAAGCUACUUUUCAGCAGUACCGGACAGAUUUGGUGCCGAUUGUUCAGACCUCCAACGUGAAAGAGUCUCAGGCCAACUACGUGUACGUCAUGCCCGACUACCACAACCCCCGCCUGGGACACCCGGUUUUCUUGGAGAUCACCCCCGCGCCCGACAUCAAGUACAAAAUCGUCCCAAGCUCGAGCAAGGGCAUGAACGUUUUGGGGAUUGUCAUCUUCUCAGCCACCAUGGGUCUCCUGCUGGGGAAGAUGGGGGAACGUGGAGCGCCGCUGGUCAACGUGUGCCAGUGCAUCAACGAGUGCGUCAUGAAGAUCAUCAACGCUGCCAUGUGGUACUUUCCCUUCGGCAUCGUGUUCCUGGUGGCGGGGAAGAUCCUGGACAUGCAUGACCCGGCCCACCUCGGAGAGAAACUGGGCAUGUACUUCAUCACAGUCCUGUCUGGUCUAUUCGUGCACGGCCUCAUCCUGCUGCCCCUCUUCUAUUUCUUCUUCACUCGCAAAAACCCCUUCACUUACAUCAGGGGACUGCUGCAGGCGCUCGUCAUUGCACUGGCCACCUCAUCCAGCUCAGCCACGCUGCCCAUCACCAUGAAGUGUCUCCUGGAGAACUGCGGCGUGGACCGGCAGAUUGCUCGCUUCGUGCUGCCAGUGGGAGCCACCAUUAACAUGGACGGGACAGCCCUGUACGAGGCGGUGGCGGCCAUCUUUAUUGCUCAGGUCAAUGAGUAUGACUUGGACUUUGGCCAGCUGGUCACUAUCAGUAUCACGGCGACAGCCGCCAGCAUCGGGGCAGCUGGGAUCCCCCAAGCAGGUUUGGUCACCAUGGUGAUUGUCUUGACCUCUGUGGGGCUACCGCCUGCUGACAUCUCCCUGAUUGUGGCCAUCGAUUGGGUUCUUGAUCGGUUCCGGACGAUGAUCAACGUGCUAGGUGAUGCCUUAGCUGCUGGGAUUAUGGGUCAUUUGUGUAAGAAGGACUUUGAGAAAGCAAGCACUACUUCCACCGCCCCCGCUACUCCAACGCCCAGCAGCAGACGCGGCUCUCAGCGGAGAGACACAGUAAUCUCCUUUGGCAAUCAGAGCGUGGCGAUGUCCGACGCUCCUCUCAUCGCGCACCGCUGCGAUUAUGUGUUUGAGGUGGACGGCGACACCGUGCUGGAGAAACCCGUGGCCUGCUACAAUCUCUGCCAAGUCUGAGACACUAAAACCACAUGCACAGCGUCAGAUACUGCCUUCUAUCUACAGCACACGGACUCUUGAAAUCGGUUAAAAUCCUGUUUGCUCUCAGUCUCGAAUGAGACCAGAGAUCGAGUACAUUGUGAUUUGAGGGUUAAAUGUAUUUUUGCCUGUGCCAUGCUGAAAACCGGGACCUUCAUCACUUAUAUCUUCCUGAGUUUUGAGUGGAUGACAAGGGACGUGAAGAAAUGUGUUUCAUGUGCGACCUAAACCAGAUUCACUGUUGUCUGAAGGCAUGAUGGGCAUUAAUGUUUAUUGGUCCGUGCUGGUGACAGUUAGACACUCACCUGAUGAAGUUUGUGAGCAGGUUUGGCUUCAGUAUAGGUUUUAAGUUGCCUUAACGUGACCUCAGUUUGGACCUGAAAGACUUGAAAGUCAAGGACAAAAGACCAGGAGCUUUAUGUGUGUUAGAUGCUAUUUAUUGAUAGAAAUUGAUAUAUUGACACAAUCGUAGCGCACAGUAGGGGGAUAAUUUUUGCUUUUAUACCUGCGCUUUUAAUUAUAAAGUUUAUGUUUUUUUAUAAUAAAAAAAACUGCAACACUA